CCCCUCUGCGUUGCCUUGGAGACCGAGUGCGUCCAGCUGCAGUUGAGGCUGGACUGGCCCUGGCUAGUGGUGCCUUCUGCAGUCCUCUGGAUUUGCACACUGCGUGGCUGGAAAAGCCAGCCUUCUCCGGGAGUUCGGUUCUUGCUGGAGGGGCGCCCCGUUCAGCCGGCGGCCAAGAUGUCCUCAGUGGGGAAGGUGACCCAGGUUCCCAGCGGGAAGGUCUACCAGCAGAUCUUCGAGGCUGAGGUGCAGCUGGUCCGCUCUCUGGCAGCCACCAGGAAGCGCGCUGUGGAGAGUUCCAUGACCCCAAAGAAUGGCAGGAAGCCCUUGAUGAAGAAGAUGGAUAUUCCUGAAGGGGAGAUGAUGUGUCCUCGGCAGCGGAAGUGGGCGCACAGCCUACCCAAUGACUGGGUCACGGAAAAUCCUGUUCUCUACAGGGAAAAGGAAAUAAUCAAGAAGAAAAAAGCUGAAGAAAGUGAGAGCAUCAUUGAAGCCAGAGAGGUCCGGGGCCUCAUGGACACCAUAGUUCCAGAGAGGAUCAGCACAACCACCCUGGACAGAGACUCCAAGAGGCAGGGCUACGAGAGUGCUCUGGGGAGUUUUAAGGAGGAGAUUGCUCAGAUUGGGAUGGAAAUGGAACCUCUCAUCUUAGAGCCAGGAGCACUUCUUUUAAAAAAGCUGGCGGCGUCUGAUGAGGAAAUCGACCAACUCUUCAAAAAGGUGGAAAGUGACAUCAACCUCGAAGACUACACCAUCCAAACCCUGAUGGAGCUGUGGGAUCAGGUGGCUGAGAAGUUCCAGUUCCAGAAGCAGGGGAUUAAGGAGCUGGAUGAGACACUGACCUCGACCGAGUUCUCUCGGGCAGAUAAACUCAGAAGCGUGUUGAAGAAAUAUGUGGAAAUCAUAGAGAAAACUUCCUAUCUCAUGCAGCCCGAUGUGUACACGCUGAUAAAUAAGGAAGCCAUGGUCAUAAACCAGGCCCUCCUGGGCAACCGGAGGGCCAUCGCCCAGCUGUUUGUCAACCUGAUGGAGGCCACGCUGCAGCAGGAGCUCGAGGCCCAUCACCGCUGGCAGGGCCUGGUGGACACCUGGAAGGCUCUCAAGAAGCAGGCCCUGGUGCAGAGUUUCAGUGAGUUCAUGGCCAGUGAGAGGAUCCGGGCUCCUCCAGACGUGAAGAAGGAGAUAGAGAGCAUGCUGAAGAACCAGAAAGCCCUGCAGCAAAAGCGGCUGGAGCAUCUCUGCACCAUCUGUGACCUUCUGCCCCCCAAUUACAGCAAAGCUCAGCUGACUGAAUGGCAUUCUUCUCUCAACUCCCUAAAUAAGCACCUUGAUGCCUACCACAUGGGCUGCGUGAUGCAGAUCCGCCUGCAGUACGAGAAGACCUGGCAGGAGUGCCUGGCCCACGUGCAGGAGUGCAAGAAGCAGCUGCUGGACUGGAAAGCCUUCACUGAGGAGGAGGCAGAGAGCCUGGUGAGCCCAUACUUCUUCCAGAUGGUGGGAGUGCUCCAGAGCAAGGUGGAAGAGGAGCUAGAGCUCUUGGACAAAUCCUUCGAGGACCUGGCCAAGCAGACAGAAUGUCAGAGCUCGGAUCUCCUCAACUACUUCCAAGAGGCCGUGAGGCUGUGGGAGGCACAUCAGAGCACGCUGUCCGAGCAGGAGCUGGAGCUGGAGAAGAGGAUAGAACAGCAGCGGCAGAAGCACAUCCUGGAGGAACAGGCCCAGGAAGCCCACCUUGAUAAGCUCUUGGACCAACUGAGGCAGCAAAGCCUUGAGGAAACACUGAAGCUUCACCUGGAAAAGGCCAAAGAUUUUCUGAAGAAUAUGAAACACAGGUAUGAGUGUUUCCACAAGACCCUGACAAAGGAAGUGAUGGAGUACCCAGUGCUCACACUGAGAGAACUCAACUCCUACAGCUCCACCCUUAGCCAACAUUUCUAUGUUCGUGAGAUCUUUGAACAGACCUUGGAUGGGGAAGUCAUUUUCAAACUCAGGGAACCAGAAGCACAGGAAAAGCUCUUCCAGGAGAGUAUGAGAAAACGGAGGAGUAAACAGAGAGCUAAAGUGGAAACGAGCAGAAGUGAGGACAGUGAAAGCGCAGGACCAAGUUCAUCCAGGCUAGCGGAAGAGAUGGAAGGAGAAGAUCAAGACAUCGAGUCUCCCUUAGAUGAAGAGAUGGCAGCGAGCCAGCAGGAACAAUCUGCACUGAGCGACGAGAUGGAUGAGUCCAGUGAGGAGUCUAUUCAGGGCUUAGAAGAAAUGCACGUUAAAAGAGACAGCUCCUUAAAACCAUCCCAGAACCAGGAAAAUGUGAUGGUUCAAGAAGAGGAGACAGAGGAGGAAGAGGAGAAAAAGAAGGAGAAGGAGAAGAGGAGGAAGAAAAAGAAGAAGGAAGAGGAAGAGGAGGAGGAGGAAGAGGAGGAACAUGAAGUGGAAGAAAAGCAGGAGGAGGAGGAGGAGGAAAAGGAAGAACAUGAGAGUUUAUCUAUGGGUGAGGCCGAAGCCCAGGAAGAGCGUCUGGGGGAGAUCUCCUGUGAAGACAUGGAGUCCUUCACAACCUCCAGCGGACACACUUAUUUUGUCUUUCUACCCCUGGAACAAGAAGAAGAGAGUUUCAAAAGGCCCAAUUCCAACCUUUCUACCAUUCUCAUCAAUGACACUUCCAGUGCCAACCUCCUAGACCAAGUGAUAAUUCCAUCCAGACUAGUUUUAGGAAUUAAGAAGCAACUUCGAGCUGGUUUUUUCGAGCACCUAGAGAAGUGGUUUGACCAACGUGUCCUCAAAACCCAGGUCACUGUGGCCACCAAGAUUGAUGAACUAGACUCAGAACUAGAGCUGCAUCUGCACCUACACAAGCCAAGAGCUGAGUGCAUUGAAAAGGACAUCCACAAUGUCAGAGCAGCUGAGCUCUUGCUUCAUCAAGAGCAGCUGGACAGCCACUGUGCUGGGGUGAUCGAGACGCUGAGGAAGGAGAGGCUGAUGUUCCACCGGUUCCAAGAAGAGCAAAACAUAAAGAGCAAAAACUUCCGCCGCAAGAUUUACGACAUGGAGCAUAUCUUCUUGAAUGCCACAAAGAGCCAGAGGCUGGUUACUCUCAGCAGCACACUGCACCAGGAGCUGCUCAGCUACAUCGACGUCGUGCAGGUGUCCCUGCGCAGCUUCCGCCAGUACUUGGAGGAGAACCUGGGCAAGCUUCACUACGCCAACAUUGAGUUCAUCAAGCACUGCAGAUUGUUUUCUGAUGGAGGCAACUUUUCUGCUGAAGAAAUUGACUCACUGUGUCAUCGACUGGAGAAGGAAACUUCUCGAAUAGAGUUUGUUGAAAGUUUAAUCAUGAUCAACAUGGAGAAGAUGGAGAAUGAAUACCUGGACCAGGCCAAUGAUGUCAUCAAUAAGUUUGAAAGCAAAUUUCAUAACCUGUCUGUGGACCUUAUUUUCAUAGAGAAAAUCCAGCGGUUGCUGACAAAUCUACAAGUGAACAUCAAGAGCGAGGUUGCAAAAUCCAAUCUGCAAACAGAUGGAUUGAAUUCAUCUCUGGAACAGCUUCAAAGGAAAAUAGAAAUGUGUCGAAACUCAAAGGGAGAUAAAAAAGUGGUGGCAACGGAUGACCUCCUUGGCUUGGUCCGGACUUGGAAAGAAAAACUGGGCCAGAGGAUUCAGUACCUGAAUUGCAGGCUGGACAUCGUAUACACGACUCAAGUUGUCUUUACUGAUGACAUCAUGAUCGAUAUGGAGGUGGAGAGUGACAUCCUGGUGUCUUCAGAAGUCCUUGAAGAGGAAGCCAAGGUAGACUUGGUCACCCCUGAGUCCUUUGCCCAGCCGAGCCGCAUGGGGAAGUCCAUGAUUGAAGACCCAGCUGUGGAAGUGGUCAAGAAGAUCCUGCAACUUCCCAACUCAAAAUGCUCAACCCAGCAGUGCGACAAAGAUCGGUUCCAGACAGGCUUGAAGCGACACCGGAACCGGGGAGAACAUGUCGUGAGAAAGGCCCUGUCCAGUGCCAGUGCCACUUCAACAACGAGCAUCACACGGUACUCCAAGCCCAACCGAAUGGACAGAAAGUACCAGGUGCUCGGGGAGAAGCCACCGCCACCAGCUGAGGAUUUUAAAGGGAUCAUCCUGACCCUCCUCUGGGAGAGCAAUGAGCAUCUGCUGAAUGUUGUGGAGGAGUUUUACCGCAAAGAGAAGCACUCAGUCACCAGGCCUGACUGCAUGUACGAAAACUUUGACCAGUGUGCAGAGAAUAUCUGCAAGAGGAUCCUGGAAUACCAUGUCCAGACAGACGAGUACCAUAACUCCUGCCUCAUAGAAUUACGGGCCCAGAUGAGGAGAUUUGAGGAGCUGCUGCCCCAGGUCUGCUGGCUGGUGAUGGAGAACUUCAAAGAACACCACUGGAAAAGAUUCUGUGCAUCUGCCAAAGAGAUCCGGGGACAGUUCUGGGAUUAUCAGGAGAAGCUGGAGAUAAGGAAGGAUGAAAAUGCCCAGAAGCUCCAUCAAAAUCUCGGACAUCCCGCACAUAUCCAAGAAAUGGAGUCUCUGUGUCAAGUGGAAGAGAAAAGGCAGAAUGAUUUAGACACUGUGAUUAUGGCAACCAGGGAGAAGCUUGAGGAAUUCACCAGGAAGUACGGCCGGUUUUUCAUAGCCAGCCUGGCCACCUUCACCGAGAAGUUCCUGCUGCAGUUGGAUGAAGUGGUCACCAUCGACGAUGUCCGGGUUGCAAGGAUGGAGCCUACCAAACAGAAAACAUCAAUCCUCAUACGGAGGAAACUCGCUAGGCUUUCCCUGAAGGAAGAAAGUGAGAAGCCCCUGAUUGAGCGGGGGAGCAGGAAGUGGCCAGGAAUCAAACCCACUGACGUCACCAUCCAAAACAAGAUUCUCCUCCGGAAAACAUCAUCCAUCAUCACCACCAAAACGACCCUGGGCCACCUGGCGGCCGUGGAAGCCCGAGAUGCCGUCUACCUGAAAUAUUUAGCAUUAUUUGAAAAGGAGUUGAAGAAGAUCCAGGACGACAACACAUUGCAGGUGAAGGAGGCUCAGCGCUGGAAGGACAGCUGGAAGCGCUCCGUGGAUACCAUCCAGGGCCUAUACUUGUGACACCCUCAACGCACCCCACAUAAAGGUUCAUUUUUUAUGGA